UUUAAUGACAAAGCAGCAAAAGUCAGACGGUUAAUUACUUCGCUCUCAGGGCUUCUUUACAAUCGCUGCUUUGGUCACUAUGUUAAAGCAAUCAGAAGGCCAUUUCUUGCCUGCCUCUUUAUGCUAAUUAGCUAGUUCUCUCUGCUCCUCCCCCUGCAGCCUCCCUUAAGAACUGUACACAUCAGUUGUCACAGGGGUAAACUCUGACCAAGCAGAGAAACCUUGAUUUCAUCCUGCAGUACUUUAAGCCCCUUGCCUGUGAAUUUCUCUGGCAGUCCUCUCUAUGCUUGAGAGACUGGACUCCAGAUGAUAGAAGAAACCGAAAAUAGCUAAAACUGACCGAGAGAGAUAGUUUCUUUGUAGGAUUUUACAUUAUAAAGGGAAAGUUUCAGAAUGCUUUGAAACAAAGUAAGAACGAAGUCUUGCUUCUAGCCAAGUAAGUUGACAUCUUUGUAGGCAGGAGACGUAACAUUGGUAAAUAUUUACUGCAGGAUUCUUAACCAGGGAAAACUCUGGCAUGUUCUUCGAGGAGUAAAUGUUUUACAUGCGAGGCGAGAUCUGCGUGGGCCUCUGUGUCCUUUCCAAGUGACUUCUGGAGACGCUUUUAGAUGACUGGCUAAGACAAAAUGCCCUAGUGAUUCCCCAAGCUGCAGCCAGAUUGUUGGUACCAUGUCUAGCACACAAAGGAAAGAAGACGGCCACCUGUUCGCCAGUUUGGGCACGUGUCAGCUGAAAGCGCAGAAGGACCAGCAACAGCAAGAAAAAUAUGUCAUUGCUCAACCAGUAUUUGUUUUUGAAAAAGGAGAACACACUUUCAAGUUUUGUGUCUUUUCAGAGACCUGCAGAAGACAGCCUGGACGAAACAGCAGAACGUGAACUCAGUGUUUUCUCAAGAAAGCGUGUAAGGUCUUCGUCUGUCACGCUUCAUACUACAGAUUCUCAGUCUCCAGGAGUGGCAGCUUUGUCUCAGACGCGCCUGAGGUCUUCAUCAUUCACUGAGGUCCCAACCUUCCCCCCUUCUGGGCCAGUGAGGAAAAACAAUGUUUUUAUGACAUCAAGUCUGGUGCAAAGGAAUAUUGACAUGAACAGUGGAGAGCAAGGUCCUGUGAGACCUUCCGAGCAUGUUUUAAGACCUGCUAUUCUGCAGCCACCUCAAGCUCAAAGCUGUGAAAACAUAAGCAAAACAUUUGGUCACAGUGCAUCCAAAUCCUGCAAAAUUAAGGAAAAUACCAAGCACAAGAUACCUGAGUGGAACUCUAGUUUGCUAAGUGAAAAUUUACCACACACAAGAAGUUCAGUCCAGCUGUCUGCUGGUCUACACACCUCAGAGGCAACAUCGAGAUGCCAACCAAAGGAAGAUAACUGUUCUUUUAAAAGCUGCAGUUCUGACUUUGUUUUUGGAGAAAACAUGGUAGAAAGAGUUUUGGGAACUCAAAAGUUCACCCAGCCUCCACUUCAAAACCAUUCAUAUGCCAAGGAAAAAACAUUCAGAUCUGUUCUGAAAUAUCCUGAUGCCGAAGCUUCAGAUCCAAACUCUAUUAAAAAUAUAUCCCUCAUUGAAUCAGCUGCUGCUUUUUCUUCCAAACCAUCACAAAAAUGCUUGCUUGAGAAAAUUGAUGUUGUAACAGGAGAAGAAAUGGAACAUAAUGUGUUAAAGAUCAACUGCAAGAUCUUUGUAUUCACCAAAAUAACCCAAUCCUGGACUGAAAGAGGCAGAGGACUUUUGAGACUGAAUGACAUAGCAAGCAGUGACUGUGGAACACUACAGUCAAGACUAAUCAUGCGUAACCAAGGUAGUCUGAGGCUGAUCCUCAACAGCAGACUCUGGACUCAGAUGAAGAUUCAGAGAGCAAAUCACAAAAAUUUGCGGAUAACUGCGACUGAUUUAGAAGACGAUGGUAUAAAAGUGUUUUUAAUUCAGGCUAGUGCCAAUGACAUAGGCUAUCUGUAUGCUGCAAUACAUCACCGUCUUGUUGCCCUUCGAAGCCUCCAGAAGCAGGCUGAUGGUGAUCCAGCAGAAAGCCAGUCGGAUACAGUCCUCCAGCAGUUCAGCUGUGAUGAGGAUGAGGAUGACUUCAUACAAGUCACUAAAGAUGGAUCAGAUCCUUCAAGGUGGAAUCACAGACAGUCAGUUGUGUGUUCAUAGCACUUUCUCCCGUAAACAUGACAUCUACAGAAUCUGGUCACUCACUCUACAGAAAUACCAAACCAUCCUAACUGAGAAGAUGCUACACAUACCUUGAAGAAUUUUAUUUUUAAAUUAAAGAAACACAAUUUCUUGCAAUUAAAGGAUUUACGUUUUACAGUUUGAUUAUUUUGGACAAAAUUUAAGAAAUGAACUUCAGAAGAUAAAAAUUCAUCAUUUUGUGGAUUAAUCUAUACUAGCAUUUGAUAAGUAAUUUGGACUAUUCAUCAUGUUGAUGGAUAUAAUAAUUAAAGAUACAAAUUGUUGGCUUUGAUAAAUAUCUAACUAAAGUAUUUAUUUUAGUCAUACAUUGUCUGGCUAUAGAAAAAAUUAUUUUGUUAAAUUUACAGUCAUAUCUUUAAAAAUAUUAUAACAUUCAAGGCAUUUCCUUAUAUCAUGUUUAUCUUUUUUCAUGUUUAUCUUUUAAGAAAUGUAUAUUUUCCAUUACACAUUGAGUUUCCUAAUACAGAUAGAUAUUCAAGUAGAAAUUCUCUUACUAAAGUGUCCAUUCAUGGACUUGUAUCCAUUGCAUCUUUUGUAUUUGACUCACAGUCAGCCCACAAAUGUUGGUGAAUAAUUAAUUGAACAAAAUGUAAUAUACUACCUAUAUGUCAAAAUACAAAAUACAAAUAUCAAUGUG